CUUGUCAGCUGCCUGAAGGGAGAGAUCGGCUUACAGGGAAACAGAAAUGCACCGACCAAUUCAACAAGUGGAGAGGGUGUUCUACACCGUUCUUGCUUUUAUUGGCAUCCCUGUUAAUUUAUUGGCGAUUGUUAUUCUUUCUCAUGGCAAGUGUGGUGUAUCCCCUUGCACUACACGCUACCUGGUGCUUAUGGCAGCUGCAGAUCUGAUGGUCAUCAUCACUGAAGUUAUACUGUGGAGAUUUCCUUAUUAUUAUUUCCAACCAUCUUUCUUGGACAUUACUAUUGUGUGCAGUCUUACUGGAGUCCUGUGCCGUACAGCCAGGGACUGCUCUGUCUGGUUCACCGUCACUUUCACCUUUGAUCGAUUUGUGACCAUUUGUUGUCAGAAGCUGAAAACAAAAUAUUGUACUGAGAAAACUGCAACUGUGGUUCUAGCAAUAACCUGCGCCCUGUUCUGUUUGAAAAGCAUUCCCUUCUAUUUUCAAUAUGAGCCUCACGAGAUAAUCAACAAUGUGCCGUUCUACUGUAAAUCAAAGUCAAGUUACUUUACUGAGAUUUGGUGGGUGGUAUUAGAAUGGCUUGACACAGCAUUGACACCUUUACUGCCUUUCGCUCUAAUUCUGUCCCUCAAUGCUCUGACAGUCAGACACAUUUUAGUGACCAGUCAAGUCCGGAAGAGGCUGCAGGGUGAGAGAAAGGGAUACAAGCACAAAGACGCAGAGAUGGAGAGCAGAAGGAAGUCUGUGAUUUUGCUCUUCGUCAUCUCUGGGAGCUUCAUUCUUCUGUGGUCUAUCCUUAUGGUUUAUUUCAUGUAUUAUGUCAUUCAAGAAAUCAAACCUGUCGAUUUGCCACCUUUUCUGUAUAAUUUUGGUAGAACGGGUUAUAUGUUGCAAAUCCUAAAUUGUUGCACAAACACAUUUAUUUAUGCAGCAACAUUGUCCAGGUUCAGAGCGAAGAUCAGUAAUGCAGUAAAAUAUCUAGUUACACAAAUUCCUUGUUCUAUGAAGAAAUAAAAGAACUCAGUGAUACGCACAGGAGGGUCCCGUUUUCCCUUGGAUGUAUUUUUUUAAACUCAUGACACGUGGGCGUCUAUUUAUGGAUCAGGCGUUUAUUACACAUCUGUAGUUGCCCCUUGACGAGGUGGUGGUGAGCUGCCGUCAUGAACUGCUGCAGUCCAUGUUAGGCAAUGAAUUCUAGGAUUUUGUCAGAGCGAUGUUGAAGUAAUGGUGAUAUAUGUCCAAGCCUGGAUGGGGAAUGGCU